AUGAACAGUGAGAAGAGAAAUACACGCGGAAGGGGCCGUGGCCGCGGCCGAGGCCGUGGUCGAGGCAGGGGUAGGGGUAGAGGCAAGAAAGUUGCUAAAGUAAUGUCAAGUGAUGAAGAGGAAUGCUCCGUGGAAGAAACCACUCAAGAACAAGAAGAAACCGUCGUUGAGGAGCCUAAAGAGGAGCCUGAACCUACUGAACCAGCUAAAUUGGAAGUUCCAUCAGACAUAUCUCAGCUGGAAGCUCCAGUGUUUACAACUCUACAGCGAGGGCCUCCGGAGCCCAUGCUCAGGUUGGACUGGAGUCACCGAGCCACACUCAUUGGGGAGAAAGUCCUCAACCCCAUGAUCUACUGCUGUGAUAUAUGCUCUAAACCUAUACUCAUUUAUGGACGAAUGAUUCCAUGCAAGCAUGUGUUUUGUUUAUCAUGUGCCAGAGCAGAACAUACACACUGCCCUAGAUGUAGAGAAAAGGUCUUACGAGUAGAACAAACAGGAUUAGGAACAGUAUUCAUGUGUACACAUUCUGGUACAAGAUAUGGCAAUACAGGUUGCAGGAGAACAUAUUUAUCACAGAGAGAUCUACAAGCACAUAUCAACCAUAGGCAUGUGUCUUCAGGGGCAGUGGAGAGUAAACCAGAGCCUGAACCACCAACAAACACUGUUGCUAUUGUGAAACCUUUGACUCAACUUCCACCGACUGCCGGAGAUCCUCGCGGUCACGGCGGGCAUGGCCACGCACCUUCUGGCGAACGACCCCGUGCCAGAACCAAUCUCAUCACCGUGCCCAUACAAGACCAGACCGAGUCACACGCCUAUUAUAAUUAUUAUCCUCCUCCGCAGCCCGUGCCGCCGCCGUCGCUGCCGCCGGUGUCGUCGGUGCCCGUCCUAGCGCACACCAUGAGCGUGCCGCCGCCCACUUACUACGCCACCGCGCCACCAUACUCUGCACCGCCGACUUAUGUGCCUCCUGCAGGCAACAUGGCGACAAACGUAGCAGUAUCACCGAUGUCGUCAACGGUUCCUAUGGGAUCAGUGAACACCAUCGGCGAGGGAGCUCGCUGGGGAGAGAGUUACCAGCAACCCUCGGUGCCGGUACAGCAGUGGCCUCCGCAGAACCCACACCAUUACUAUAGGUAG